AAGUGGCCUUUUGGAAAAAUAACUAUAUUGGAUCGCGAAUGUUUUAUCCUUGAUAUUAAGCCAUUACUCAUGGAACAGUUGAAAGAAUGAACUGAUAGUGGUUCUAUUAUGCUCCAAUCCUGAGUUUAGAACACAUCGAAUUUAGCAGAGUUGUAAAAACGUAUCCAAUCAUGAUCCACAGACGCACGAGUAGGCGUGACUCAUUUUGCGGUUAAAUUGAAUUCCAUGUCAACUGUGACCCAGCCAACGUCCGUCGACGAUCACGCGGAUCCCAGGAUUUGGUGUUGCCUGGCCAUUGAAACGGUACAGCGCACAGAACAGGAGGAAACUCGCCAAUCGUUUGGAAUUUGAAGACUAUCUACGUCUAUCAUUAUUAUUCUUAGAUUCUUAUUAUAGUUGUAGCCUACACGGAAUUAGAAUGUUGUUCCUGCGGUUCAAAAGAGUAAACAGUUUUUAGACUUCAGAUGUGACGUUCUGUUACGCAUCAACAAACUACGCUCUCCAAAAAGAUACGCGUUGAACAAUGAUUAAAAAUAUAAUUGUAUCAGUUGGAUACCAUUUAUUCUAAGAUAUACUUGCUUUCUGGCGGAUUUGACUUGUGUCGUAGGCUAUACAAACUGGAUAUAAACCUGUGUCUCGUGGCAAAGAUCCUAACUACCCACUGCCUGCGCGCGCCAAAAAGGCUCCCAGAGAUUGCAGUCAAUUUAAACAUUUUCUGUAGAAGUUUCCUAAUGGCCAAAUUGAGCUUUACCUAUCGUCGACUACCAUCUUCAAGGAUUUAACAGGUGUUCGACACCUUUACCACCGAUCGGCGCAUCACGAGACAUCUGACAAUGACGGAAAACAGCGAGAUGGAGAGCGAACCGCAGCUUCAGCGCUCGCCGAGUACAAUGUCCAUCCAGCCGGUAACUUCCAAGCUCCAGCGUCUGAAGCGCUCCCUCUCCUUUAAGACGUUGAUGCGCAGUAAGAGCGUGGAGAACUUCUUCCAGCGCUCGUACAGCGACGCCCGUCUCCCCCCGGACUUCCUCAACGACCCCGCGCCCCCCUCUCCACCCCUGUCACAUGGUUCCCCACUCACCAACGACCGCUCGCCUUCCAUCUCUCCAUCCCUCAGCCCCAACCCCUCCCUCUGCUCCCGCUCCCCCUCUCUAUGCCCCUCCCCCUCGCUGCCCGCCAAGCCCACUCUCUCACCACGCCCCCAGGUGAACCAUUGCUUCCAGGACCACGUGUUUCGCAGGCCAACCAACUGCCAACACUGCAAGCACAUGAUUGUCGGAAACUCAAAACAAGGCCUUCGCUGUAAAACCUGCAAGAUAGGAGCUCAUCUGUGGUGUACCUCAGAGUUGUCCCAGCAACCAUGCUAUGGCAAGUCGGGAGCUUUCAAGCGUAACUUCAGUUCGCCAAUGCUUAUCAACGACCAACUUACAGUUGUCAAGGAGGUCCAGCCUACCCAAGAAGCUGGAAGAGCUUGUUUAGACCCUGUGUAUGCCACCCUGCGCUUUGGGACCUCCCUGGCACAGAUGAGCCGUUCCAGUUUUGGGAGUGUGUCAGAGUCACCCACCAAAAGCCUGGGGGAGGGAGGGGAGGAGAGGGAGCAGAGACAGAACAGCAUGGAGGAGGAGCUAUCUCAGGAGGCAGGAGUUCUAUCAGAUAUUCAUCCUCCAGAGGAGGAGAAGGCAGAGCUGGAGGAUGGGAGCGGUGUGUCUGUCCAUCCUCCUGCCGACGAGAACACUGUCAAGGUGCCUAAGCGAAUCGAGGUUCAUUCUAUCCACACUUAUGUAGCACUCUACAAGUUUCUGCCGCAGGAGCAUAAUGACCUGGAACUACAACCUGGUGAUCGAGUGCUGGUCACAGAUGACUCUAAUGAGGAGUGGUGGAAGGGGAAAAGUGGAGACAGAGUGGGCUUCUUCCCAGCCAACUUUGUCCAAAGGGUGCGGCCAGGAGAGAGGGUGUGGCGCGUCACCCAGGGUGCCCAUGGCAACAGGGAGAUAGGUCACUUGGCUGUGAAGGAGGAUCAGAUCUGUGUGGGGAAGAGUGAGGACAGCGAGGGCUUCCUGCGGCUGAGCAGCGGCAAGAAGCGAGGUCUGGUCCCGGCCGAGUCUAUCGAGGAGAUCUGAGCCUCUGCGUCCUGACCCGCCCUGCGUGUCCAGGAACACACUCACACACCCUGAGAGAUGUCAGGGACCCCCGCACUCCUCCACUGGAAAUGGACAAUGGGAGCUCUCAUCACCCUGUGUUUUCCUGCUGUACUUGUGUUUCAGAGUAGAUUUAGCUUCUCCUGUGUUCUUCUCCUAUAGGUUAGAUGAUUAGUGUCGGCAGGUAUGGAGUCCCACUAAUGCUCUCAUGAUGGACUGUUGGUUUUAAAAGCACGGGCUUAAUUACACCGGAGCCAAGGGCUCCAUGUCCAGCAGAAGUGACUGAUGUGAGGAGUGGUGCAGGGGGUGACACACACUGUAAUGUAGGGGUAGGUUGUUGCUAACAGGUUGACUCCCAUUGGUCUGUACUUGGCUCCGCCCACACUGGCUCUACUCUGCCAUGCUCUCUCUCCUUCGCUCUGGUCUCAGUCCCUCGGGUGAGACUUGGUUUCAUCCUAAUUUAGACUGGCAGACAACUCUGGCGGCAGCGUGAGGACUGGGAGCUCCAGGACACUGCGGUCAGACUGGAAGGAAGGACACACACUCUCCCCUGACCUCAACACUGACGGAUAGACCUUCAGCCCUCAAGCUCUGCACAGUCACCUGAAUGAACACUUAUACACCCGCUGUGCAGACAGGAAUAUAUGAUUCAAUGUAGAUAAUGUACGUUUCAAACUGGCAAAUAUAAAAGAAAUGAUCUGUUUUGCUAUUUUCACUUUAUAGAACCUACAAGGGAAUAUGACAGUGGUGAUGAGUUUAUGUAUACACGUUUUGGCUGUGUCAGUGGAAAGUCAACAGCAAAAAUUGUAGUAUAAUAACAGGGCUAUACUGAUAGACUUGAAUGAUUUGUCAAGAUGGCCUGGUAGAUUUAGCAGAGAACCACUCAGUGCUGUGGCAGUGCUGGAGUGGGGAGGUGUUGGAAUGGUUUUGGCUGGUCUCUGUUGCACCUCAGGAAAACGAACAUGUGACAGCCAUGUGGAAGACGACGUGGACCGAUCCAGUGACAAGUCAGUCCCCUUCGUGGCUUGAGGAGAAGCGAGGGAGAGAGAAGGAAAGACAGGAGAGAUGCAGUGUAUCUGAAGGGGGGGGUAACUCUAAUGUUGGACCAUCGUAUGUGUGCGUGUGGAACCAAGAUGUUUGGCUCAUUGGUAUUUAAUUCACCAUGAGAUUAUGCCACUUUGUCAUCACCUCUCUUUUCUGGUGGUCUGUUUGGGUGAAAGAAGCUAGUUUAAUUUUGUCGGCAUGUGUAAGUGAUUAUGACUGAAUAUGGGUUAUGAGUCGGUUAGAAAUGUUUCAAACUGAACUCACUAACACAGGGAUAAUAGAGGCCCUUCUAACUAUUAAGAAAUAACUUAAAAUCAAGUUGUUGCCAAACAAAAAUAUAAAAAUGAAGUAUAUGGUAAUUAAACUACAGUGAAGGUCUUGUUUGUUUAUAUCUAAUGUGCAUGGUUAAUGAGGUAGUGGUUAAGUAUCUUCUAUCAGUAAUAAAAAAAAUCUCUGAACAAUAACUCACAUGAUAUAGCUAACACACGUUUAGAGGAUGAGAUAUUAACAGUUGAAUAAAGUGUUAACUAUCAAACCUCAUGAUGACCUGCUUCUCAUGAAAAGACUACAGCUUGUUUUUCUGUCUCACUGAUUCUGACUCCGACCGGCAGGGAAACCAGCGAGAGAUAGAUAACUGAGAGAGAUAACUGCAAAACUGGAUGGUUAGAGAAUGUGUUCAUACAGAAUCUGUCACCCUCUAACAAGCCUGUAUUAUUACCUAGUUAUGUAGCAUCCAAUUGUGUACUUGUCUCAUAGAAAGGGCCUGGUGUUUAUGUGUGAAUGUAGCUUUAGUUCCGAGUCACCCAAAGACCCUAUGAUCAAUAAAGGUCUAUA